ACUCCCCGCCCCCUUUUGUACCUUCCCUCCGUCACGCCGAGCAUAUGCUCUCCAAAUAUUCUGUUUUCUGCUCGAUAUAAGUAGCCUCACCGAUUGCCUCGCGAUUUUGCAUACAGUACGGAUCGGUCUUGAUCUCGAUCUGGUGUGCGUUUGAUUGGUUUGGCUAGGAAUGAAGUUUGGCAAGCGGUUGAAGCAGCAGAUUGAGCAGAGUUUGCCUGGAUGGCGCGAUAAGUAUUUGUCGUACAAGCGGCUGAAGAAGCUGGUGCGAUUGAUUUCAUCAUCUGCGAUGGUGGAUGAUGGAUCGCUGUCGCUCGACUGUAGCAAGGCGGAGGCGGAGUUUAUAUGCGUGUUGAAUGAUGAGAUCGAUAAGUUCAAUGGCUUUUUCAUGGAGCAGGAGGAGGAUUUUGUUAUUCGCCAUAAGGAAUUGCCACAGAGAAUACAGGAAAUGAUAGACAAAUACGGACCGAAUGGAACACACCCAUCGGAUGUGGAAUUCAAAAAGGAGAUGUCCAAAAUCAGAAAAGACAUUGUGGAUUUCCACGGCGAAAUGGUUCUCUUGAUCAAUUACAGCAACAUCAACUACACAGGUCUGGCCAAGAUCCUAAAGAAGUAUGACAAGAGAACCGGAGGAGUAUUGCGUCUGCCCUUCAUCCAAAAAGUCCUCGAACAGCCAUUCUUCACAACGGAUCUCAUCUCAAAGCUCAUCAAGGAUUGUGAAGCCACAAUAGAGUCUAUGUCUAUGUUUCCGCCAUCUCAGAGAUUGCACACAGAGAUGGAAUUAGGAAUGGCAGCCGGCGAAGGGAUCUUCCAGAACACGGUGGCUGCUCUUCUCAGAAUGCACGAGAUGAGACAAGGCAGCUCCACCUACAGCCAUUUUUCACUGCCACCACUUAACCUCCCCGACUUCGACGUCAUCCAGUCCUUGCAAGUUCCUUCUCCCAUACAAAUUCCCUGAUGAUGAUGCUGAUAUGACACGAAAUCUGUAUUAGAACGCAUAGCAAUGGUCCCUUAUGUUAGCCCUUUUUGCUGUUUAGAUGACAUACUUUAAUAGUAGAGCUUACACAAACACACCACACACACACACUACUGGAUUGCUUUGCAGUCUCCUCCUGUAAUGUGACACCUGAAGAAAAUGCAGUAUCACACUUCUUUUACCA